CCCAAACUCAGCUACAAAUGGCGUCCAAACCUGGCAUACUCACUCACUGGCCAUGGAAGCCUCUUGGAACUUUUAAGUGGGUAAUUUUGGCACCAUGGAUUGCACACAGCACCUACUCUUUUUUCGUGAAAGAUCCAAAGGAGAGGGACCUUCUUUACUUUCUUCUGUUCCCGUUGGUGAUGAUCAGAAUUCUACACCACCAAAUUUGGAUCACACUUUCUCGUUAUCUUACUGCCAAAGGCAAAAACAGAAUCGUUGACCGGAGCAUUGACUUUGAACAAGUUGAUCGAGAAAGCACUUGGGAUGACCUAAUCUUGCUAAAUGGAUUUAUGAGUUACAUAGUUUACAUGGUAUCUCCAGAAGCUUCACACUUACCGUUAUGGAGAAUGGAUGGUGCAGUUUUGGUGUUGGUGCUUCAUGUGGGAGCAGUAGAGUUUCUUUAUUACUGGUUUCACAGAGCACUUCAUCACCACUUCCUUUACUCUCGAUAUCAUUCUCACCACCAUUCUUCCAUUGUUACAGAACCUAUUACUGCUGUGGUCCAUCCUUUUGCGGAAAAUAUGGCGUAUAGUGUACUAUUCGCAAUUCCUCUAUACACAGCAGUUAUAACGAGGACAUUAUCCAUAACAACUCUCUUUGGUUAUAUUACAUAUAUCGACUUCAUGAACAAUAUGGGUCACUGCAAUUUUGAGUUCAUUCCCAAGUCCUUCUUUUCCGUCUUCCCCUUCUUCAAAUAUCUCAUCUAUUCGCCAACGUUCCACUCAUUGCAUCACACUCAGUUUCGAACAAACUACUCACUGUUCAUGCCCAUAUAUGAUUACAUUUAUGGAACCAUGGAUAAAAGUACGGACACAAGAUAUGAAAUGUCAUUAUUAUUGAAAAAAGAAAAAGAAAGAGUUGAUGUGGUACACCUAACCCACCUUACAACCCUUAAUUCCAUAUAUCAUCUGAGGUUGGGAUUCUCUUCCUUAGCAUCAAGACCCCAAUCUUCAUCAAACUGGUACCUCUAUUUCAUGUGCCCAAUCACUCUUUCCUUUGCUAUGUUGGCUUCCUUUUUUGGUCAAACAUUUGUUGCCGAGAGGAGUGUUUUCAAAAUGCUCAAUAUGCAAACUUGGGUUAUACCAAGAUUCCAUUCACAAUAUCUGAAUAAAGAUCAAAGGAAAACAUUAAACAGGCUGAUAGAAGAUGCAAUACUUGAGGCAGAGAGAAGCGGAGUUAAGGUCUUAAGUUUGGGCCUUUUAAACCAGGGAGAUAAACUGAAUAAAUAUGGUGAGCUUUACAUAAAGAGCAAUCCCAACCUUAAGAUAAAGAUUGUGGAUGGAAGCAGCUUAGUGGUGGCCAUUGUUGUUAACAGCAUUCCCAAAGAAGCAACCCAAAUUUUAAUUUGUGGUAAAUUUAAUAAGGUUUCCUAUGCCAUUGCCAAUGCUUUAUGUGAAAGGGGUAUCAAGAUUACAACCAUAUACAACGAUGAUUAUGGAAGUCUUCAAUCAAGAAUCUCCACCAACUUCAAAAAGAACUUGGUUUUCCCUGGAUCCUGUGCUGCAAAGAUAUGGUUAGUGGGGGACCAACUUAACGAGGCUGAACAAAAGUUGGCCCCAAAAGGAACAUUGUUCAUACCUUUCUCUCAAUUCUCUCCAAAGAAACUUCGUAAAGAUUGCUUCUACCACGUCACACCAUCCAUGGAAAUUCCCUCUUCUUUAUUGAAUGUCCACUCUUGUGAGAAUUGGCUGCCAAGAAGAGUGCUAAGUGCAUGGCGUAUCGCGGGAAUAAUGCAUGCCUUGGAAGGUUGGGACGUUAAUGAAUGUGGAGACACGAUGUUUAACAUUCACAACAUAUGGGAAGCAAGUCUUCAAUAUGGGUUUAGGCCGUUGAAGAUUAAUCAUCCUUGCUUCAAUCCAUAAAUUGAUCAGCAU